GCCCCGCUCUCCCCGCCCUCCCCGCUCUCCGCGCGCUCCACGCCCUCCCCGCUCUGCGACUACAAGUCCCAUCCUGCCCUGCGCUCGCGCACAUUACGCCAGAGCAAGAUGGCCGACACGGCGGCCACUGCCGGGGCCGGUGGCUCCGGAACGAGAUCAGGAAGUAAACAGUCCACUAAUCCUGCUGAUAACUACCAUCUAGCCCGGAGGCGAACCCUUCAGGUGGUCGUGAGCUCCUUGUUGACAGAGGCAGGGUUUGAGAGUGCCGAGAAAGCAUCUGUGGAAACAUUGACAGAGAUGCUGCAGAGCUACAUUUCAGAAAUUGGGAGGAGUGCCAAGUCCUACUGUGAGCACACAGCCCGGACCCAGCCCACACUGUCAGAUAUUGUGGUCACGCUGGUCGAGAUGGGUUUCAACGUGGACACUCUCCCUGCUUAUGCAAAACGGUCUCAGAGAAUGGUCAUCACUGCCCCUCCAGUGACCAAUCAACCAGUGACCCCCAAGGCCCUCACUGCGGGGCAGAACCGACCCCACCCGCCGCACAUCCCCAGCCAUUUUCCCGAGUUCCCUGACCCUCACACCUACAUCAAAACUCCGACGUACCGCGAGCCCGUGUCAGACUACCAGGUCCUACGGGAGAAGGCUGCGUCCCAGAGACGAGACGUGGAGCGGGCACUCACCCGUUUUAUGGCAAAGACAGGCGAGACCCAGAGUCUCUUCAAAGACGACGUCAGCACGUUUCCAUUGAUCGCUGCUAGGCCUUUCACCAUCCCCUACCUGACAGCCCUCCUUCCUUCGGAGCUGGAGAUGCAACAGAUGGAAGAGACGGAUUCCUCGGAGCAGGAUGAGCAGACAGACACCGAGAACCUCCCUCUGCACAUCAGCACGAUUAAAGAAACAACAGCAUGUCAGUACGCUGACGGGAAUGGUCUGGUAGAGAGGAAAAGUGGAUGCAGGAGAGAAGGAAACAUUUUGGAGUGAUGUCCUUUGGUAGGUGAGAGGGUAAGGGACCUAGGGGACGAGGCGCGGUGGCGGGGUUGGCCUGGUUACGGGCAUUUUGUUUCCAGGGGAGGAGAUGAGAGUGCGUGGGCACAGAGACCAAGGCAGGUGAGAUGUGCUCCUCCGAGCUUGUGGGUGUUCUCAUCUGGUUAGCCGUGUGCUGUGCUCUGCACAUAAGAGGCUGAGACCCCACUCGUGUUCCUGCAUCUUUGCGAGAAAGAGCCAAGUAGAGCCAAAGAAGGGCUGGGAGCUCAAAUGCCUUUAAGGCCUGCGGGACCCUGUGGUCAGCCUACCAUAGUCACAUCCAUCCUUUAAGACUGGCCCUGGCUUCGGAGCAAAGGAUAUCUUGGCGGUUGUCGUUGGACCAGGCAUUCCCCGUGCUCUCUAAGAUUCCGUGAGGCCUGUGGCAGCCAGCAGCUCCAGAAUGCAGGGGCAAGGUGCCUGCGGUCUCUCUGUGAUGUGCCGAUGGGCCUCCUUGCUUGGACACACGUUUCUUUAAUGUUGGAUUAUUCCUUUCAGAAUUAGGGCUGGAAGCCCAUGGCUUUACAUAAAGCAGAGGAACUUGAUAUUCUACACUUCUGUCUUGGACUCAGUUAAUUUGGUCUGAGAUAUGGUGAUGGGGUCAUGGACUCAAAUGAGGUUCACCCUAGGAGAAGGAGGAAUCUUCUAAGCAGACACCACCAUCCUUUUGUAAGUACAAAGCAGUUAAAAGGGCCCGCAGAUGUGUUAUCUGACGCCCCAGGUCAUGACAUAGACAAGGUCAUGGCAGUGAGUGGACCGGGGCCGAAAGAAUGCUGGGAGCUGCCCGUGGACUGCGGGGUGGCCGAGAGGUCAAGUCAGACAGCAAAGACUGGCCUGCCUUCAAAUCCAGACCGCGCUGCUUUCCAGAGACUGUGACUUUGGUGGCCUUACCUAACGUGAGUCUGUUUCCUCACAAGUUCAAGCAGGAAUAGGAACACCUAACUCAGCAAUGAACUUCAGGUGUCCAGCAGCUCAGCUCACGGCACUCGCUGUUUCCCUCACCACCUACCCCGCCCCCACUGUUUUAGGCUGUACAAACACUUGCUCUUCUGUUAAAAGUAAAUACAUGAAUAAGAAGACCCCAAGGAGAGGAUUCUAGCAACAAUUUAUACACAAUCGAUUGGACUUGUCAGUGUUACUUUGUUGAACUGGCGCCCAUAAUCCUAUGUUUGAAAAUUCACGAUGUAGAAAAAAAUGUUUGGUAAGAAUUUCUUUAUGCCAUCCGUGUUCCCUGUUCAUCCACUCUCUCUCCUACAAAGCUGCCAGUGUCACCAGCUUUGUGUGUCCUUCUAGAGACAUAGUCUCCUCAUUGUUAUCAACACAAAUAGCAAACCACGAACGGUUUUCCCUUCCUGUUUGCCCUUAUCGCUGUAUCUCAGUGAUCAUUCCAUCUGUGUACAGCAGGCUGUUUCUUUAUGGCUUCACAUAUUCCAUUGAAUGGAUGUAACCAUCGAAUUUAACCAGCUCCCUAUACACAUCUAUGUUUUCCGUCAAUAGCGUUUACAGACAUUGUUACAGUGCAUUAAAUAGCUAGUAUUGUAAGUUAUUCUUUUACGUGUCAAGGGCGGCACUUCCUUCAAAGACUGUUGCCAGGGAGUUGCUUCCUUUAACCUGGUUCUGGUUUUUCCCAUCUGCUUGAACAUAAAGGGACUGUUCAUUUUAAA